UAGCAUAGUAUUACUGUAGAAAGGGAAAGAAUACUAAAAUGAAGCAAAUCUUCCGGUGCAAGCAGCACGCGCCUUCCGCUUUAGUUGCUAUAACAACAUAAAACGCUAUACAUGUCGCCUGAGGAUAAUAAACUUUUCUUUUGGAAACUUUCAGAGCUUCAACAAGACACGCAUUAAAUUCCCGUGUUUAAGUAAUUUCAUUCAGAUAAAGCAACAAAAUAAAUCAGACAAGAUGAGCAUAUUGCCUGCUGUAAUCAGACAAGGUACAGGAAUUCAUUCUGGUUUAAAUCCAGAGCAAACAUAUUCUCCACCUCAUCAGACUCCAAAUGUAACAUUUAAAUUUCAUUUGAUUAAGAAUAAAAAUAUCACCCACCCUUUGCAAGCAGAAGUGAAGCCUGCACUGCUCUCAGAAAAUGACAUUGCUCUUUACAGGAACUCACAUAAACAUAACAUCUGCAUCGACAUGCUGCGAGAGGGUUAUCACAAGUCUUUCACUGAGCUCUUUGCUCUGAUCCAAAAGUGGAAUGCCCUGAGGGAGGCUGGAGGGCCUGGGUCAGCCAUAUGGCAGCAGAGACCCCUGGAGGACCAGCCUGAUAAGCUGGAUCAGCUUCAGCAUUUCCUGACCAGAGCUGAGGCAACCCAGAGAGCAGGUUUCUUAGAAGAGGCUUAUGAAAAUCGUUUGGCACUAGCUCAGUACUUCAAGGAACCUGAUGACAGGUGGCUGUCUUGCUACUUUUAUGAUUCCUGCCUUGAUAUCGCUAAGACCAUAAAGAAAGAUGGUGGAAAAAAAGAAGCAGAAGCACAUGGGAAUGUAGGUCUAGUAUAUGAACAGCAAGGUCAGUUGGAGAAAGCUGCUGAGCAUUAUGAAGCAUUCCAUCAUCUGACAGUGGGUCGACUAUGGAAGGAUGAGACAGGCCGCACACACCACUCACUGGCUUGUGAGAAUCUCUGGAGAAUUUGCACAUUACUAGCAGACAAAAUGCUUGAAAAUAAAGAAUACCAACAGGCCAUCAAAACUCUAAUAAAAGCCUUUGAAAUGGCAAAAGAAGCUGAUAACAAAACCAUGGAAGGAAAGGCAGCUUAUCGAGUUGGUUUAGCAUUCCUGGCUGCAGGAGACUCAAAGAUGGCAAUAAAAUACCUGGACAUAUUCCUGCAAAUCUCCAAAGCAUUGGACGAUCAUGUCAGCUUAGGUAAAGCCUAUGAAGCAAUGGCAAGGGCUCUGGAAAGUCAAGGAAAAAUUCAAGAAACUAUUCAAUAUCUGGAAAUGUUUGUGGAGACAGCAAAAAGAAGCAGCGCAAGUCAAAGUCUGCUUGAUGCCUGUGUCAGCCUUGGGAUUAUUAAUAAUACAAGGGGUAAUUACAGAAGAGCCAGUGAGUGCUUCAGGGAAGCAUAUGAGGUAGCAAUGAAUUUAAAUGAUUUGAUUCUGCUGGCAACUACACAGGUCCAUUAUGGUAUUGCCAGAGCACAUGAGCUGAUGUCCAUAGUUAGCAACCACAUUGAAGAAGCACAACACCUCAACCUUGAGUGCCUGCUGGCAUGGAAAGAUAGCAGGAAAGGCAUUUGCAGUGGCCAUGAUACAGCUGGAAUGUCAGAACUUGAAUAUAAAAACCAGAACAUAGCAUCAGAAGGGAAGACUGAUGACAGACGUUUGGAAGCAGAUAAAAGUUCACAUAAAAAAGAAGCUGCGGGAAAAUGGAGAGAUGAAGAGGAAUGCAAAGAAGAAGCCCUGAACACUGCAUUUGCUAGUGACCAACAGUAAACAACCUAAGCAGGGAACAACCCACAUUGAUUUUCAGCAUCAGAUAUGCAUGCAGGCAGUACAAUAUCCACUUAAUUUAGAUCAGUUAUGUCGACUGAAGUAACUUUUUGUCACAAAUUAGUCAUUUAAAACCUUGGUGUCCUUUAAAAUAAAUAGUACAUUUACAAAGAAAACUCGAUAUAAAAUAUGCACACUUACAUGUCUGUGAAAUAUUCAGCUGUGUACGCAUGCUUACAAUAAAUCCUUUAGUAUAUUCAAA